GCGGGGCGGCCCCGGCGGGACCGGGAGGGGACGGGGAGCGGCCCCCGGGGGUCCCCGGUGCUGGGCGGGGGUCCCAGGGCUGCUCGGGGGGUCCCCAGUACUGUCCGGUGGUGCCAUGGGGUGUCCGAGGGUCCCCAGUGCUGCUCGGGGGUCCCCAAUACGAUCCAAGGGUCUCCAUUCCUGUCCACGUGUCCCCGGUGCUGCUCGGGGGUCCCCAGUGCUGGCCGAGGGUCCCAGUGCUGCCCGGGGUCCCCAGUAUGUGUUGGGUGUCCCCAGUACGAUCCAAGGGUCCCCAUUCCCGUCCAGGUGUCCCCAGCUCUGCUCAGAGUGUCCCCAAUGCUGCUGGAGUGUCCCCAGCGCUGUUUUGGGUGUCCCCAAUGCUGUCCAGGUGUCCCCAGUAUGUUUUGGGUGUCCUCAGUGUUGUCCAGGUGUCCCCACUCCCACCCAGGUGUCCCCAUUCCCGCUCAGGUGUCCCCACUCCCCCCAGGUGUCCCCAUCUCGCUCAGGUGUCCCCAUCCCGCCCAGGUGUCCCCAUCCUGCCCAGGUGUCCCCAUCCCGCCCAGGUGUCACCAUUCCCGCCCAGGUGUCCCCAGUAUGUUUUUUGGUGUCCCCAGUAUGUUUUUUGGUGUCCCCAUCCUGCUCAGGUGUCCCCAUCCUGCCCUCCGUGCCCCGCUCUCUCCGCAGGCAGCGAUGCCCGUGGAGCCCCUGGUGUGCGCCCGCACGGCCACGCGGCUGUCCCCAGUCCCUGAUGUCCCCGGGGCGGUGGCACUGUCCCCUCACAGGGUGAGCUCCGUGCUGAACCGGGACGUGAAGCACUUUGGGAAGCAGCACCUGUUCGAUGGCAGCGAGGAGACCUGCUGGAACUCGGACCAGGGCACGUCCCAGUGGGUCACCCUGGAGUUCCCCAGCCCCGUCAGGGUCUCGCAGCUCCAGCUGCAGUUCCAGGGGGGAUUUUCCAGCCGCCUGUGCACGCUGGAAGAUUCCAGCUGGAGGAGACGGUGCUGGACAAGCUGAAGAUCACCUUUGGGAGCAGCACGGAUUUCUUCGGGAGGAUCGUGGUUUAUCACCUGGGCGUGCUGGGGGAGAGGCUCUAGGGGGGCUGAACCCACCCUGGGGGCUCUGAGACCCCCUGGGGGGAUCCCUGUCCCCUUUGGGGGGAUCCCUGUGCCCUUUGGGGGAUCCCUGUCCCCCUUUGGGGGGAUCCCUGUGCCCUUUGGGGGAUCCCUGUCCCCCUUUGGGGGGAUCCCUGUUCCCCAGGGGGGAUCCCUGUCCCCUUUUGGGGGAUCCCUGUUCCCCAGGGGGGAUCCCUGUCCCCUUUUGGGGGAUCCCUGUCCCCUUUUGGGGGAAUCCCUGUCCCCUGAGGGGAUCCCUGUCCCCUGAGGGAGAUCCCCCCUGUCCCCUUUGGGGGGGGAUCCCUGUCCCCUUUGGGGGGGAUCCCUGUGCCCUUUGGGGGGGAUCCCUGUCCCCUUUGGGGGGAUCCCUGUGCCUUUUGGGGGGGAUUCCUGUCCCCUUUGGGGGGGAUCCCUGUCCCCUUUGGGGAUCCCUGUCCCCUUUGGGGGGUUCCCUGUCCCCUUUGGGGGAUCCCUGUCCCCUGGGGGAGAUCAUGGGGCUGCUUCCCAGUUUAAUUCCAAUUAAAAGUUUAUUUCCAAUGGAAAACACAGAGCAGCAGAGCCCAGCUGCUGCACAGGAAUUCCAGAAUGCUGAGGGGAAAUUUUCACCCAAUUUCCCUCGUGGCUGCACAAAAACCAGGAUUGGGAUGGGCUGAGGCAGCACAGGGGGUUCCUUCCGGGUUUAAUUCAAAUUAAAAGUUUAUUUCCAAUGGAAAACGUGGAGCAGCAGAGCCCGGCUGCUCUGCACAGAAUUCCAGAACGCUGAGGGGAAAUUUUCACCCAAUUUCCCUCAUGGCUGCCCCAAAACUGGGAUUAGGAUGGGCCAAGGCAGCACAUGGGGCUGGUUCUGAUUUUAAUUCCAAUUAAAAGUUUAUUUCCAAUGGCAAAUGUGGAGCAGCAGGGAAUUCCAGAAUGCUGAGGGGAAAUUUUCACCCAAUUUCCCUCAUGGCUGCACAAAAACCAGGACUGGGAUGGGCUGAGGCAGCACAGGGGGUUCCUUCCGGGUUUAAUUCAAAUUAAAAGUUUAUUUCCAAUGGAAAACGUGGAGCAGCAGAGCCCAGCUGCUGCACAGGAAUUCCAGAAUGCUGAGGGGAAAUUUUCACCCAAUUUCCCUCGUGGCUGCACAAAAACCAGGACUGGGAUGGGCUGAGGCAGCACAGGGGGUUCCUUCUGAUUUUAAUUUUAAUUAAAAGUUUAUUUCCAAUGGA